GUUGUAGAAUCUGGCUGACACGUGCGGUCAAGUUCUUUUUUUUUUUAAAUUGUUAAACAGAACGAGAAAAGAUGGGUGGUGCUAAAAAGAAGGUUCACCCAAAAACACGCACAGCAGCGUUCAAAGCGAGCGAACCAAGCGAAAUUGUUGAGGCACCACACUCUUUCAUUAUACAUCGCGGUCUGUCAUGUCCGUAUAUCACAGAUCUGACAAUGGAUUUUCGUCGCAUAAUGGAGCCUUUUACGGCUACCAAUUUGCGCGAAAAGAAAAUCAAUCGCAUCAAAGAUUUUGUUAGUUUAAGCAGUUUCUUUCAUGUCUCGCAUAUGGGCAUCUUUAACAAAGCCUCUACACAGCUGUCCUUCAAAGUGCUGCGCUUGCCGCGUGGCCCGUCACUUACGUUCAAGGUGCAUCAGUUUACGCUCGCUCGUGACGUCAUCUCGUGUAGUAAAAAGCAAAUGUUUGAUGUUGAUCAUUUCAAGCAUCCGCCGCUCGUCAUCAUGAACAAUUUUAGCGGCGAGGGUAAACAUUUGAAAUUGAUGGCCACAACAUUUCAGAACAUGUUUCCAUCGAUCAAUUUGGCUCAGGUCAACAUUGAUACCAUACGCCGCUGCGUUCUUUUCUCGUACAAUCCAGAAGCAAAGCUAGUGGAAAUGCGCCAUUAUUCGGUGCAGGUGGUGCCGGUGGGUCUGAAGCGCGCCGUACAGAAAAUAGUCAGCGGCACUGUGCCAAAUCUGAACAAAUGCGAUGAGGUAGUCGAUUUUGUUACCAGGGAUGGAAAUGUUUCGGAAGCGGAGCUAGAUGAAGACGAGCAAUCGCAUGUGGUGCUGUCGCAAACACUGAAGAGCAAGGGCAACUUGGAGAACCACCGAAGUUCGGUAAAGCUACAUGAAAUUGGACCUCGUCUAACAAUGCAGCUCAUGAAGAUCGAGGAGGGUCUGCUAACCGGUGAAGUGCUCUAUCACGAUCAUGUCAUCAAAACAGAAGAUGAGAAGGAAACACUGCGUAAAUUGAUUGAAAAGAAGCGCAAACUUAAAGAACAGCGCAAGAAGCAACAGAGCGAGAAUCGUGAACGAAAUUUGAAAUUGAAAAAAGAGCAAAAUAAAGAAGCAAAACGAAAUCACGACGCGGAAAAUGCAAGUGAUGCCGACGAUGAUGCUCAAUAUUACAAGGAUGAAGUUGGCGAGGAGCCAGACGAAGAACUAUUUAAACCUGACAACAAUUCGUCACGUAAGCGACCUAAGCUGCCAUCCGGCAUGAAGUACAAAAACAAGAAAGCCAAAAUGGACAAUAAAACCUCAAAGAAGUUUAAAGAAAAGUAGCGCAAUAAAAACUAAAUAUUAGGUUUUAUUAAA